AGUUUUAGUGAUUUUUACUAUUCGGGGAAAAAAUAGUUAUCUAUAAUUCAAAUAUAAAAGCCAACUUCCUCCUGCGCGGACGAACAGAAUAACAAUCAUGAGCUGUCAGGAACUGAUCGUUUGUCCAAUAUGCCUUGAGCACUUCAACAGACCUCGUUAUCUCCCCUGUCUACACACGUAUUGUCAGGAGUGCCUGCAGGAUUACAUUGCUGCAUUCUAUAAGAAGGAUGAAGGAGGAUUUUUGUGUCCUACGUGCCGUUCAUUCAACCGAGCACAGAUAUCGGACGACACAUCCGCGAAACAAGUGGCGUCUGGUUUUCCCAUCAACCAUCUAAUUAUGACUUUGCUUGAUAAGCAUGAACUGGAAAGGAAAGAAAUGGUAUGCCAUUCUUGUGCUAAAAGAGGUAAAAAUGAAAGUGGUCAGUUUUGGUGUUACUCAUGUAGCGUUGCUCUCUGUGUGGCAUGUGGAGAAUUCCAUAAGUCUUUGCCUAUUCUAGCCGAUCAUAGAAUUGGCCCCAUCGACGAUUCGGAAGAUUCUACUUUUCUUGUCUUCACUGCUCAUGAUGUUUGUGAAGUCCAUCCCGAUAAAAAACUAGAAAUGUUCUGUCAAGAUCAUGACGUCGCUUGUUGUGCCACAUGCACAAUGGUGAAUCAUAGAAAAUGUGAAACGGUUCUAACACUUCAAGACGCUGCAAAAGGAUCGAAAGACGCAAAAGACACUGACAAUGUUGUCGAUGAAAUUAAAAAGUUGAUUGGAGAAAUUGAUUCUAAGGUUGAAGCCUUCACUAAAGAUUCUGAAAAGCUAGAGAAAGGAAGUGAAAUUCGUAGAGAAGAAAUCCAGGAAUUCAGCGAUAAAGUAAUAAGACAUAUGGACAAAUUAAAAACCGAAUUUGAAACAAAGGUUUCAGAAGACCGUGAAACAAAAAUGAAAAUCAUUCAGGAACGCAGAAAAGUUCUUAUCAACAUGCAAAUCAUGAUUUCGCAUUGUGCCAAUCUUCUUCAGGCUGCCGAAGUGAAAUGCACCAAAGUGCAGAUGUUAUCAUUGAUACCAAAAAUAGAGAAACUCAGAGAUGAAAGUCGAGGCAAGCUGGAUGAAAUAAAGAAAAACCCUAUUACACUAGAUACAGAAGUCCGGAUAAAUGAAACAAUAGAACAAUGUGCAAACAUAGAAUCUUUAGGAAAACUUGAACAUUCAUAAAAUUCAUUUGUCAUAAGCGUGAUAAGAAAUUUGGAAAAAGAUAACUUAUCUCUUAUUGGGUUUUUUUUCAUGACAGCAAUUAAAAUAUAAUGUACAGGGCCA